GGCUUGCGGCGGCUUUUGUCAGUGCGCGGGGUUCGCCGGCGUUUAUCGGUUGUGUGCAUUGAAAUUCGUUGUCUUCCGCAGCCUCCGAUAUUGGGAGCGAGUGCGGAGACGUCGAUUGGUUCUGCGUACGGACUGGUUUCUAGGGCUCGGUUCAGUUCAUUCACACGAGGGCCGGUGCGGCGGGGAGACGGCCGCGUAUAUGCGCGCUGUCAUGACUGACACAUUUCUGUCCGCACCAGCCGCUACGCAUCCGAACAGCGAUAACCGAGCGACAAGCUUGCCAAGUUUCAUUUUCAUCGUCGCAACGGCUGCGUGACUGACCGCACGUGUUCACCAGUGAUGCAAACGCGACCCGCAGACGAACAACACUAAAGUUCGAAAUUCAAUUUUGACGUUUUCAGUCGACAUGACAGCUGACGCGCGAAUGUAAAUAAAUAGUUGAGCACGUAAACAUUUUGUGAAAAAUUUAAAAGUUGAGUGUUCAAUAGUAAGUGUAGAUAAAACGGUGGAAAAUGACGUCCCGCUCGAAGGAAAAAGUCGCUGCCGCUUUUCGGAAACUUUUCCGAUCACCAGAAAAGCUCGAUAACGACGGUGCCGGGCCGAGCGGCUCGCCCGCCAGGCGGGGACUCCUUCGACGACACAGAGAUGGCGUAAGCCCUGCAGAGGCAGCGGCGAGCCUUCCCUCAAGCCCCGGCGCCACGUCUCUCGUCAAAAAGAAGGGUAACGGCGCGAGUGCGGGCGAGGUCCGGGAGCGUGCGGCGGCCGUGCGCACGCGCAGGCUCAUGAAGGAGCUCAAGGAGAUACAGCGCCUGCAGGAAAACCGACCCGACCCCGUCUUUACGGUGGAAUUGGUGAACGACAACCUAUUCGAGUGGCACGUCCGCCUGCACCAGAUCGACCCGGAGAGUGAUCUGGCGGGAGACCUGCGCGAACUACAUAUACCCAACAUCUUGUUGCACCUCAUCUUCCCGGAGAACUUCCCCUUCGCGCCGCCCUUCAUGAGAGUUAUCGAGCCGAGGAUAGAGAAAGGCUUCGUUAUGGAAGGAGGAGCGAUAUGUAUGGAACUACUAACACCUCGUGGAUGGGCCUCCGCGUAUACAGUGGAGGCGGUAGUUAUGCAGUUCGCCGCAUCUGUGGUAAAGGGCCAGGGUCGUGUGGCGCGCGCGCCGCCCCGCCCUUCGAGGGAGUUCUCCCGCCGCCGCGCGGAGGAAGCCUUCCGCUCCCUCGUCAAAACACACGACAAGUACGGCUGGGUCACACCCGCGCUCUCCGAUGGUUGAAACAUCGCACACAAGCGCGGUCUCUCGCCUUGUACACACAUUGUUGGCAACGUCAACUCACAAAUACUCUGAUUCCGAAGGUAGUGUAUGUGUUGUGAAUAUGUGCAUGUGCCAUCCUCAUAGUUUUAAAGUUUUAAGAAUAGAUUGUAAAGCUUUCGUAUUUCUUUAAAUGUUACACAAUAACCAAACCUAGUCGAUGUAAACAGACAUUCCUGACAUCUGUGCUCCUAAUAUUUGUGUCUUUGAUGUUUUUAUAACGAUUUCGCUUUUUUUGUAAAACAAUGUUUAUUUUAAUGUCUACUAUAAAACAAAAUUGUAUUCGUUAAUGUAUUAAGGAAUUGUGAAUUGUCUGUGAAAAUGUGUGUGUGCACAUAGAUUUUUGAAAUGUACUUAGUUUAGUGGAAAUGGACAUCGUGGAUGUUUUAUACAAUAGGUUAUUGUUAUAUUUUAUUAAUGUAGUAAGUGAUAUCUACAUUAUUUUAAUAUAUUCGUCUACAUUUAUUUCUUAUCGAAUGUGUACUUUAGCAUAAUGUAUGUAAAUUAGGACUUGCAUAUUUUAGUAUUACCUAAACCAACUUUGUGAAAGUAUUUUGUGCCAAACAUGCUCAUUUCUCUAGGCAUUUUUACCAUUCUCUAUAUUUACUUUUAUCGUAUUUUUAAGUUUGAUUUAAUUUUUUCCCUUGGGCCAUAAAUAGUCCAAUUUUUAUUUUAUAAAAUCUCAAUGUCUAAAAGGAAAAUAUUUCCGUCCCAAAGUCAUUUAAAUCAUUUUAAUAAAAUGUACAUGUUUAUAUGUAUAACAUAGUUUGCGUAAAAAUGUCAUAAUUAGAAAAUGCAAUUGUGUAGUUUAUUUUUUUAUUAUUUGUAUUUAAAUUUAAACGUGAGCUUGUUUUAUACGCAUGUGCUAUGUGUAGUGAUUUUUUUUACGAUUCCAAGAGUAUAAAAAUGCUCAAUUUAUUAGAUAAUUAUAAAAGGCUUGUGGCAACAUUUAAAUAUAAAAUGAUUGAUAUUUAAUAUAAGUAAUUUAGGGACUCGAUGUUGUUGAUUUGUUUGGUAAACCAAAGAUGUUUAUUUUUAUGUAAUUUCUGAAUUCAGUGCAAAAUGUGUAUUUAUACCUGAAUUUAAUGUACAAUGUUAUCGAUGUAAUAAAUUACCUGCUC